UCCGCGCAGCUCCAUGGACCCUGGACGUGAGCACACCUCUGCGGCUUAAAACGUUAAAAAGACGUGAAGCUCUUGGGACAUUACAGUCUCUCUUAUUUUGUGUGCGUUGUUCUGUGGUGAAAAUAAGAUAACUGCUUUUAAAAGUUAAAGGUUGACAUACGAUUGAAAAGAUUUUAAAAACAAAACCUUAGAAUUUUUGCCCGUAACUCCAGUGACAUCUGUUUUAACGCCAAUCUUAAAACAGCGUUCGAGUGUCCCUGGAAUAUCUGCCCAAGCAUUUGAAUAUUGUAAAAGGCUAGCAUCGAUCUGAGGCCUUCCAUCAUUCAACAGAUAGGAACAAGGACUGUCAGAAAGUUUGGGGAUCACCUUCAGAUCCUGUACAUUUUGAACUGGAAGCAUCUCCUGAAAAAUUAGAAAGCAUGUCAGAAGCGGAUGCCAUGAAUUUCAGCAGUUUUUCUCAAGGCUUCACUCACUCAAGUUCUCCCUUCUUUAUGGAAACCAGCAGUACCACUUCAGACUGGCCUCAGAAUGAAAUAAAGAAUGUAAAAAGGGAAAAUGAGUCCAAAUUCACACUUUCUGAAGAAAUUUAUAGCACGCUAGACGAUUUGUUAGGUGAUGUCCACAUUGGAAAUUACUCACAGAAUGUACCAACUCAGCCGAUUGACACCAGCAUUUCUUCCUUCAGACAGUUUGAACCCACUUGUAAACUUCAUCAGACAGAAGCAUUUAAUAAUGAAAUGAUAACAUUUCAAAAUCUGACAGAAGGCUUACCUUACACGGAGAAGCCAGAAUUGCAAAGUCAAGUAUAUAAUUAUGCAAAAGACACCAAUAGAAAGGAAGGUCCAUUUAAGGAAGAAAAUCCAAAGGGAACUAGCACUUCCACAAAUAAAGAGCAGCUUGCUCAUGAGUGUGUCAGACAACCUCCUAGAAGCCCGCCUCCAAUCCACUGCAAUGGAGAGACGCUGAAAUUCACGGAAAUGUCACUGGCUGAAAGUACUCCCGCGGAAUCUGCCCUCAACACUGGUCAACCUCAAAGUUUCUUGUGUAAGGAAAAUGUACACAGUGAUGUUGAAAAACCAUUUUAUAAAGAGAAUAACUUUAACCUGCUUGAUCUGAGAGCUAGUUAUAAAACAGAGGAGCUUGCAUUUUCUUCAAAAGGAAUACAGAAUUCUGGGGAUAUUCCUAAGGCGUCAGCCAGUCACCAACAGGCAGUAACAGUGGAGGGCGUGGACAGUCCAGGGGUUGCCUCACCUGGGUCUCCUGCAGGCGCUUCUUCGAGUGAUGGAGCAUCUCAGGAGGACUGCAGGACACCUGACACAGAGCAAAGCUUGGAAAGCUUACAACCUCUGGAAGAGGAUUUGGCUUUAAAUGAAGUCUUACGGAAAUUAAAACAUACUAACAAAAAGCAGCAAACUCUGAUCCAAGACCUACAGUGUAGUAAAAUGUAUUUAGAGAGGAAGGUUGAAGAGCUACAGAUGAACACUUCCAAACAGCAAGUGUUCGUUGACAUCAUAAAUAAGCUAAAGGAGAAAGUCGAAGAAUUAAUUGAAGAAAAAUACAGAGUCAUGCUAGAGAAGAAUGAUAUGGACAAGACACUGCAGAAUUUGCAUGAGAUUUUAGCUAACACCCAAACACUUCUUCAGGAAUCUAGGAAUGAAAAGGAAACCUUACAGCUAGAGCUUAAGAAGAUGAAGGGCAAUUAUGUUCGUCUCCAGGAAAGGUACAUGACUGAAAUGCAACAAAAAAAUAAAACUCUAAGUCAGUGCGUAGAGAUGGACAAAACCUUAAGCCAGAAGGCAGAAGAGGUAGAGAGGCUGCAGCUACUCAAAGGAGAGUUGAAAAAGGCCACCACUUGUGCUUUGGACUUGUUGAAAAGGGAAAAAGUGGCCCGAGAACAAGAGUUCCUGUCUUUACAUGAAGAAUUUCAGAAACAUGAAAAGAAAAACCUGGAAGAAAGACAGAAACUGAAAUCCAGCCUUGAGAAAUUGGUGGUGCAAGUUAAAAAUUUGCAAUUCAUAUCUGAAAGUGAAAAGGCUGAGAAUAUAAAACUUCAGCAGCAGAUCGAUGAAGUCAAAAAUGAAAAUGCAAAACUCCAGCAUCAGGUUGCAAGGACUGAGGAGCAAAGUUACCCCAAAUCUGCGAUAGCUCAGUUAAAGGAGCACUUGGGGGAUGUGAUGGAGUCAGAUAUCACAAAGGAUGCAAAGAUAAUACAUUCUAAUUUGGUCCUGAAUCGCUCGCCUUGUGAAGAUGAGAGCCUGAAUCCCCCAGAUGUGAAAAUAACUUCUCAGCUGGCCUCCAAAAUUCGCAAUCUUCUGGCUCUGGUGGUAGGACUUCUUACAUGCCAGGACAUCACCAAUCCUGAUGCUGAACAUUUCAAAGAGAGUGAGAAAGUGAGUGAUAUAAUGCUAGAAAAAUUGAAGAGCUUCCACCUUAAAAAGAAAAAUUUAGAUAUACAGCUACUGAAACAUAAAGACAGAAUCACAACUUUUAGAGAGUUAAUUGCUAACGAAAAAGCAUUUCAAGAUCAGGUUAUUGAGGUUACAGACUUUGAUUCAAAUGAAGCCAAGAAGGUCAGAGAUGUACCUCUCUUAUUGGGAGCCAAACUGGAUAAGUACCACAAUCUAAAUGAAGAGCUUGAUUUCCUGAUUGCAAAAUUGGGAAAUCUUUUAGAGUCAAAAGAAGACCACUGCAACAGACUCAUUGAAGAGAAUGACAAGUAUCAAAGACAUGUAGGCAACUUACUAAAUAAGGUUAUAUCAUAUGAAGAAAUUAUCGAAUGUGCUGACCAAAGGCUCGAGAUAUCCCACUCCCAGAUUGCACAUUUAGAAGAGAGAAAUAAACAUUUGGAAGAUUUAGUUAGGAGGCCCAGAGAGAAAGCCAGAAAACCAAGACUAAGAAGAUUAGAAAAUCAUCCCAAGUCCAUGACCGUGAUGCCAGAAAUUUUAGAACGAAACAGAAAUGAUUCAGAUUAAACAGGACUGAAGAUUAAACAUUAAUCAUUUUUGUCAACCACUCCAGGAGCAGAGUCACUACUAACUGUGCCACCCAGAUCAAUACAUACUGAUGAUGCUCUACAAUCUGUAUAAAUGGUGAAAUUUUACAUUCCAAAAAAUGUGAUUACUUUUCUUCUUAUUUCUUCCUGUGAACAAUCAAACAUAUUCCACUUUAACAUAAAUAGAUUAAUAAAGUGGCUUCUUUUCCAAAUAUGCGUCUCUUUUUACUCUCACGGAAUACCACUCCCACAGUAUCAGUGACACGUAAAAAUUGUUAUGGAUCGCACGUCUACGUUUUGUUUCUGUCUGCAAGAUAUCCUUUUUCUCUACAGAAAGGCAGGCUUUUCCUAACACCCACCAAAUUUCAAAGGAUACUAACUCUGAAAUCCUUUGGAAUUAAAGCCCAGAUGAAAGGAGAGGAGUGUUUUUUUUUUUAAGACCUAACCCUUCUAAUUUCCACCUUAACAUAGUGUUGAGAAUUAGUUCUGAAUUUAAAUAUGAGAACCAGAGACAGCUGGCUUUGUGAUGUGUCAAAAAAAAUAAAUGCACAUAACGUACAUAUGAUCCUUUUGAUAAAUCCCAGAACCGUGAUGGAGGUGUAACUAUGGAAGCAAAAUACAGCUUGCGUGGAAGGGAAGAAAUUAUUUGAUCUCACGGAAAUUAGUUUUGCACUUAGGUAAGUACAAGAGGAAAAUAGAUGUAGAGUAUAUAUCUGGCCCUGAAGGAAGUGCUGAAUAAAUCAAAGCUAUUAUUUUUGUUGAGCAAUUCUAUAAGACAGGUUUUACAUGAAUUUUGAAACAAAACUUGUUAAUUUCUUAAAUUCAAAAAGUUGCAAUACAAUUUAAGACAAACCAUGAGAAAUACAUAGUGAGUUGCAGCUGUAACAGUGUUCUGUUUCAGAAAGUUAAGCACUGAAGACUUUGGAAGUGAUUCAAGUUUUAAAAAGAGACACUAAUAUUAGUUCCAUGGGAUCCUCUGGGGAAAAUUAAAUAUGAUAGGAGGAAAAUAUUAAGAUAAAGAUGGCUAAUGCAGCCUCUGGACUCUGCACACCAACGUGAUGAAACAGAUGGGAUGGAGGGAUUAACACAGGUUGUCUGCAAACAGGACUGUGUGCAUAAGAGUUACAUUUACCAUGUGUGUUAUUAGACAUUUAUGAUCUUUCACCUACCGAUUGUCCCAGAAUGAAUUUGCCUCCUUUGGUGCAUGGCUCAAGGAUGUAGAGUCUAGGCCAGUCCAUCUUUUAAUAAACAUUUAGUGACUUUCAAUAAACUGUAUGAUAGCAUCUGUGUAGGAUGCCAGGAAUACGAAGAAAAAUCAGGCAAAGAUCACCAAGGACUGCAUAAUCUAUUGAGGGAGAUAGAUAGAUAACCUUUGUUCUAGAAUGGUGUAUAAGUGUCUAUCUAGGGUGCUCUAGGAGCAUGAAAUAGCCCUGGGCUAUGUGAGAAAACCUCAGGGAAGAUUUUACAGAAAUGAUGACAGUUCAGCCAGAUCUUCUUAGCUGACAAGGUAUUCCCCAGAUAGAUGGACAAGGAAAGCAACAGCACACUCAAAGCCUGGAGGCCUGAGAUACCUCGUUACACUCCCUGCACCAUGAGUAAUGUCUAAAACCUACGUUCUUCAUAUGGCAGGAGAUGAAGAUGAUCAUGAAUAGCAUUAUAUGCCAUGCUAAGAAAUUUGAACUUUAUCCUUAUGAGAAGCUCUGACGGAUUUUAAGUAGAGUGAUGUGGUCAGAUGUGCAUUUAGAAAGAUCACUCUAACAGUGAUAUACUGGGUAGGUUGAUGGUGGGUGAUUCUAGAAUCAGAAGUUCCAGUUAAGAUACUGCUGCAGUGCUCCAGGCAAGGAAAACCAAGGCCAGAAACAAAAAUAGUGGCAGUGGAAAUAAAGAGCAAGCUAUGAAUGCAAAGCUAUUUUAAAGGUAAAAUGAAAAGACUUUGGUAACUGGUUAGCUCUGGGAGUGACAAGAGAGGAGUCUGGGAGCCUUUCAGGGUUGUGGGCGGGUGGUGGUCAUCUUCCCGAAGCAGAGACUACAGGAGGGACAGCUGGUGUGCGCGGAAAGAUACGAUGAGUGUGAGGUGACUAUGAAACAUUCGGGGAGGCCUUUAAUAAGUAGUUAAAUAUAUGCUGAGAAGGAUCCAAUGGUCAGGGCAGGGACCAAAGAUAAAGGAGAAAGCAGGGAUUGACGAUUCAAGGUUCUAGAGGAGGAAAGAGGGACGAGGUCCCACAGCACAGCACAGGAGCAGGAACAGUCCUCCUGGGAGACUGGAAGAAAGGACAUCAAGACGGGCAUAUUCAGGCUGACUGUGAGCUGUGGCAUGGGAAGUUGGGGCUCUCAGCUGAGAGCUUGCCUCUCUUCUUGCAGUAGGAGGCUCGAGGGGAGAGGCAGAGGUUUGAAGUAGCCACAGCUUCUGCCCUCACAGCAAAGCUUUGGCUCUCACCACAGGAUAUUACAAGGAGGCACAAUGUCCCCUCCGCCUCAUGGUUUCUGUAUUUUUAUCCACUUUCUUCUCUUUCCCCCAGUCGCUUGUUCCAUUGAUUCUGACCCAGCAUAUCUUCUUGAGGACUCGCUCCAUCAAUCAUUUUGACUCCCUCACACCUUUUGUUUAUAGCUCUUUAGUGAAUUCUUACCCUAGCCUAAAAAUAAAUCCUUCCUGCAGCCCGCUUCUCUAAAGCGCUCCUGGUUCCUCUCUUUUCACUCCCCAUUGUGCCUUCUGAAAGACUGUUAUUUACAGUUCACAAACCACUUUCACAUAUUAUCUUAAUCAAGUAGGCUAUGUCGACUCAUAGUGUUGCUGAUGUUUUCCAUCUUGCUAGUCUCUCUAUGCCACUCUCAUUUUUAAAGGCUGUAUAAUAUUUCAUGGAGUGUAUAUACAUACAUCAUCAUUUAUUUAGUCAUAGUUUAUGGACAGGGUUUCAAGUUCUUACCUGGUAGCCCAGCGUUCGUUGCCUUAUGUGCUCUGGCCCCAGACUACUUCUGUGCGUCAGCUCAUACUGUUUCCCUUUCCCAGAGUGCCCUUCCCUGCCCUA